AAACCUCAUCAAUGUCCGCUCUGCGGUGGUAUAUUCCAAAGACCAGAACAUUUGAAGAGACAUAUGAGAUCCCAUUCCAGUGAGAAACCUUUCGAAUGCGAUGAAUGUGGUAAAAAGUUCAAUAGAGCAGAUAACAUGAAGGCUCAUCAGAGGAAACUACACGGUCGUGAUAUAUGA